GUUACACUGAAAACAACAACGAUUGGGAUACCUCUCUCUGUCAGAUUGACCACAACCAUUGGAAAAGAGAGGGGGUCAUACAGGUAGCAGAAAUGGAGGGUGUGUUUGCACCUCAACCAUAACCGAGCCGUCAUAGCCGACAUUGUGACCCAUCUCGGGUCCACCUCCAGACCCCCUCCUCCCACCCGGUUUCUGGCUGGGUAUCCUGUCUACACUCUCCGCUGCAUUCUCCGGUCCAGGCGGCGGGGAUGUGGACUCCAAUAUCUGGUGGACUGGGAGGGAUACGGUCCCAAGGAGCGGUCCUGGAUUCCUGGACGAUUCAUCCUGGACAAGUCCCUCAUCCGGGAUUUCCAUCCCGAGCAGCCUUGGGGAUCCGUCGGGAGCCGGACCUUGAAGCUAUGAUUCUGGCCCGUCUGCCUGCUUCCUCCUCCGCCCUCCUGUCAGCAAUCAGCUCCAUCUCUUUGCCGCUGCGCUGCAGCGCAAUCAUUGUCAUGCCACUCACCUGUGCACCAGCAGUUAUAUUCACCCUCUGGCAGGCAGACGGUGCCAGAUUUUUUGAAAGCCAAAUGACUGUGCAGAUAUCCAGCGUUUCUUCCUGCCUGAUCAUGUUUUCUAUCAGUUUUUGUCUCUUGGAUUUCCCCCUCUUGCCCAGAGACAUCCACCCUUGUUGGAUUUCUCUAGCUCUGGAUCUCGACCCUGUUUCUGGCCCUGGAUUUUUGUCUGUGCCCAGCCUCUGGUUUUAUCUGCCUGAGGCUACCUGCCUUUCCUUCCUGCCCGGACUCCCUGUCCUCGCCCAGUCCCCUGUCAAGUGGCCUGUCCUGGAUUUUCUGGUUCUCGCCCCGCAUCAACUCACUGGUCAGUGAGUUUGGGUCUGUCGGCAAUCUGACACCGGUCAGUGGGACACUUCCGUACGGACGUUCUGGGCUGGCUUCUGAUUGACCACCUCCCAGCUGAGGAGCCAUUUCCGGUUCGCUGUCUCACAUGGACCCCGAGAAGAGAGGUACUGAGACUCCUGACAGAGAAGAGGAGCCCUCCCUGGAAUAGUCACCUCUUCUCCCCUCCCUCAGUUCACUGAUCCCCUUACUUCCUUUUUUAACCUGUCAAGUGUUUGUUUUCACUUUCUCUCCCAACACAUCGUACGCCACGUUUCACCAUGACAACCUCUGCCCUGCGAAGACAGGUGAAAAAUAUUGUGCACAACUAUUCAGAAGCAGAGAUCAAGGUACGCGAGGCCACUUCCAAUGAUCCAUGGGGCCCAUCAUCGUCUCUCAUGUCAGAGAUCGCUGACCUGACCUUCAACGUUGUGGCGUUUGCUGAAGUCAUGGGGAUGGUGUGGAAACGGCUCAAUGACAGCGGCAAGAACUGGAGACACGUUUACAAGGCCCUGACUCUUCUGGACUACCUGCUGAAGACGGGAUCUGAGAGAGUGGCCCAACAGUGCCGGGAAAAUGCCUUUACCAUUCAGACCCUGCGUGACUUCCAGUACGUAGACCGGGAUGGCAGAGACCAGGGGGCGAACGUUCGGGAAAAAGCGCGCCAGCUGGUGUGUCUGCUGCGGGAUGACGACCGAUUGCGCCAGGAAAGGAGUCAGGCCCUGAAGACCAAGGAGCGAAUGGCAGGGGGAGGCAACGGCGGGAGCAGCGGGGGUGGUGGGGGCGUGUAUGGAGGUAUUCCUCCAUCGUAUCACCCCGGCAGACGCACAAGUCAGCCCAGCAUGGCUGUCCUGUAUGGGGAAGAAUUCAGCCGCUCCAGAGGCUCUCCGUGCUCCUUCAACUCCUCGGCCUCGUCUCCCCGCGCCGCCUCAGACCUGGAGCAGGCCCGGCCGCAGACCAGCGGGGAGGAGGAGCUGCAGCUCCAGCUGGCAUUAGCUAUGAGCAGAGAGGAGAGUCAGAAGGAGCAGCGCUGUCGCCAAGGAGACGACUCCCUGUUACAGAAGGCCCUGGAUGAGAGCCGGAGAGAGAGCCAGUCAGGGACACACGAGUCUGCCAUGUUGGACCUGGUGGACAUAUUUGGAUCCUCAUCUGAGCCGCAGCCUCCUCCCAGUGAUCCUUGGACAUCAGCUGAGCCUUCCUGUAACAUCACCUCCAACCCCUGGGAUUCCGUAGCAGCUCAGUCCAGUACUCCUGUGAUUAAUAUCCCCUGGGUGGCUCCAUCCUCCACCUCUAAUGCACCUAAUCCUUGGUCUCCAUGUACCAACUCACACUCAGACCCUUGGGAAGCACCACCUGCACCCUCCAGUCCUCUUAAUAAUGUGUGCGACAGCACAACAGAUGGCAAUCAUGACGAGACUGAUCCGUUCACCGCACAGGAGGAGGAGAAACUUCAGCAGGAGAUUCCCAAAGCAUCCUCCCCUGACUCAGCCAGCCCGACAGAUGCAGAGAUAUUUGCAGGAAAAACUGAGUCUGAGCUGUUUCCUGAACAAGACUCCAACUCAGAUCCGUUUAAAGCAGAUCCAGUGAAACACCAGGUGAACGGUCGAAAGUCGGCCAGUCCGGAGAUGUUUGACCUCUCCUGCUUGGCUCCGCCUCUCAGCGCCCCACAUGCUCGCGUUUGCCGGACCCCAGAGGCCUUCCUUGGACCCACAGGGGCCUCACUGGUCAAUUUGGACACUCUGAUUCCCCCAAAGCCCCCUACCAAGAUGCAGAAUAACCCCUUUCUCUCAGGUCUGAGUGCACCGUCUCCCACUAAUCCAUUCCACUGCGACCAACCACGGCUCACCCUCAACCAAAUGCGACCCUCCUCUACAUCUCCGCUGCCCCCACACAUGCUGUCCUACAGCCCGUCGCUGCCCCUCCCUCUGCUCCAUCAGCCGCCCGUUCUGCCAUCCUCCCUCACACAGCCUCCAUCUGGGCUCCUAGACCUCCCCUCUAACCUGCCACAACCCCUGCUCCCCCUCUCUCCCCGACCGGCACCUCAUGCUCAGACACAAACGCAUAGCCACAACCCUUUCCUCUGAAGCCUCUUCAUCACACAACCUGUGUUCUGCACAGGUUAAUGGACUCUUAAAGGAAUGAUGUACGCCAGCUACAGUGAAACUAGUGUUAAAGAGUGUGAACUGAUUUGUGGUCUGAUGUCAUUAACUUAAAUUGGUUAUAAAAGGUCCAUAAAAUGAAUCUGUGUCUGUCUAAAGACAUGUCAGCUGCUAUAAAACCUGAUCUCACUCAUUCAUGCACUCAAGCGUGCCUCAGGAUGCAUAAACAAAAACAUGUACACAACCACAAACUGAGUCUGUAUCUGAAAAGUCUGUUUGAUGCUUUUUUUCCUCCCAUCAACUGUGCUAGCUCCAAGCCCUCUCUGACCACAGAGACAGAGAACAUCCCUCUUCAGUGAAGCGACACACUGACCCCCCCCCAAGCUUCACUGGGAUCCUUUUUGCUGCUUCACCGACAAAAGCAUGAAUGCCUUUUAAUUACAAUACUCAAACCUAUGAUGUUCUGAAAACUGGUGAUGACUUCCUCCAAUAAAUACUUCUUAUUCUGAUGAUUUAAACAAUAUGUUAGGUCUUCUGUUACUGGAGAAGGCCCCAAACUGUGAGAUAUAAGAAAGCACAGAGCACAAAUCAAAAGCUCAGGAUUGCCUUCCUUUAUAUAGACUAUCACCUACAAUGUGAUGGAAAAGUAUUUGCUCUCAUUGCAGAUUUUUUGUCAGAUUUAAAAUGUUUCAGAUCAUUGAAGAGGAAAGCACUUUACGCAGUGUGCAAAUUUGAAAGAUUAUUGGCUGCCUAAACCCUCCAGCAACAACUGCAUUCAGAUGUUUUUGAUUACUAUUCUACUAUUUCCACAAUUCUCUACAGAAUUGUUUUAGAAUCAGUUUGAGCAUAAAUGGUCUGUUUAAGGUCCUGCCACAGCAUCUCAAUCGGAUUUAAGUUUAUUAUUCUGAUGAGGCCACUCUAAAUCCAUCAUAAAAGGGAAAUUGCUGCUGCGCUUUGGAUCAUUAUCUUGCUGCAUAACCCGAGUGAACUUGAGUUUCACAUCACAAACUGAUGGUUGGACAUUUUCUAACAUGAUUUUCUGGUAGAGAGCAUGGUUCUAGCAGCAACGGAUAGUCCUACAGGUCUGGAAGAAGGAACGAAGCCCCAGACCAUCACACUACCACUACCAUGUUUGACUAUCAGUACAUUCUUUUUCUGUAAAGCUGUCAGUUUUAAUGUGGCAAACUGGAGUCCAAAAGCCUUAGAAAUGGCUUUAAAACCCUCUUCAGGCUUAUAGAUGUCAAAAACUUUGUUACACAUCUGGUCGUCUGGAUUUCUUUAGAUUAGGGCAUGAUGUAUUGCUUAUUGAGAUCUUGUUGCCUACUUCAGGUUGUUGGAGAGGUUCUAUUUAAGUGAUCUCUUCAUUUUCUUAAUGAAUUCAGCUCCACGGGACUGGCAGCAAUCAGGUUUGGGAGUUACUAUUGAAGUUCAACCAAGAAUAUGUGAUGUAUCACAGUUAAUUUAACAAAGAUUGCAAUUAUAUUUUGACAUAGGACCUGGAUGGUUUGAAUAGCUUGUUUCCUUAAUAAAUGAGAACAUUUUCUGACAGCAGUAUUUUGUAUUUACUCUGAUUGUAUCUGAAAUUGGAGUUGUUCAGUGAUCUUAAACAUUUAAGAGGGCAAAAAAUGCAAAAACAGAUUAAAUCUGUAAGGGUUCGAAUACUUUUCAUAGUUCUGUCAAACCUCCAUUACUUUUAUAUUCUACAUUUUCAUGAGCAAGUGGUCCUAAGUUAACUUACUUUUGGUACUUAAAUGUGGACCUACUUAGAUCUCUGAUUGUAUUCAUGCCCGUUUCCACUGAUAGCCCAAAAUGCACUCCCUUAAACUACUGUGAAGGACAUCUGGAACAACCUUCUGUCUCUCCUUUAAAAGGAUUCCACCUAAAUUAACUUAAUUGAUAGAGUUUGACUACAGAAAGGAAAAAUUCACAUGAUGAGACACUUCAUCACUGCACUGAACCUGGACUUGAAUGUGUAACGCCUACUCAUAAACAUACACAGGCUUAGUACAUAUGUAUUUAUUGAAAAAUAUAUUGCUGUAUCAUGAAAUGUUAUACCAAUAAACAGCUAGUGUUUGCAUUUACA